CUCUGGGCUCUCCCAGCCCAGCUCGGACCAAUCGCACUGGCUCCAACGUGUCCAUGUUGGCGGCCCGGGAGCUCAGCUGCCUGGAUGCGCAGCGUUAGGGUGCAGGAGAACAGGGAGCCGGGAGCCCCGAAUAGGGAGCCGAGUCCUGGGGUACUCCCGGGACGCGGCCCUGAUGACUGAGCUCCAGCAAGAGGUGGAGGACGCCAAGCCAGCCAAAGUGCUCACCAAGAGAGAAGGCAAAGUUGGCCCGGCCCACUCAGAGGCUGAGAAUGGCGUGGAAGACAGAAAGAGGUUCAGCAAGUCGCCAACAGCCCAAUCUCCUACCUCAUCUGUGGAGGCCGAGUCCCCGGACCAGAAGAGAAGCCUCGGUCUGUGGUCAAAAUCCAGUUUUGAUGGCUCCAAUUUGUUGAGCGAUAAGAAUGACUGUAAAACCGAAAGCAAGGCUGACUCUAAGACCGAAAGAAAAAAGUCUUCCUCCUCCAGCCAGUACAAGGCAAACAUGCACUUUCACAAGCUAUUCCUUGAUGUCCCAACUGAGGAGCCCUUGAGACAAAGCUUUACCUGUGCUCUCCAGAAAGAAAUUCUGUACCAAGGAAAGCUCUUUGUGUCGGAAAACUGGAUUUGUUUUCAUUCCAAGGUCUUUGGAAAAGACACUAAGAUCUCUAUCCCAGCCUUCUCGGUGACCUUGAUCAAGAAAACCAAAACUGCCCUUCUGGUGCCAAAUGCCCUGAUCAUAGCGACGGUCACAGACAGGUACAUAUUCGUUUCCUUGCUGUCCAGAGACUCAACCUACAAACUGCUAAAAUCUAUUUGCGGACACUUAGAGAACACAAGUGUCGGUAACAGUCCCAACCCAUCUUCUGCUGAAAAUAGCUUCCGGGCAGAUCGCCCUUCCUCUCUGCCUCUGGAUUUCAAUGAUGAAUUCUCAGACCUGGACGGAGUGGUUCAACAACGAAGGCAAGACUUGGAAGGAUACAGCAGUUCCGGCUCCCAGACUCCAGAGUCUGAGAACUCGCGAGACUUCCAUGUGACCGAAUCUCAGACAGUUCUGAAUGUCACAAAGGGAGAAACAAAACCACCUCGGACAGAUACCCACGGGAGCAGAGCGCCUGAUGGAAAAGCCAAGAUCCUGCCUGCCCAUGGUCAAUCGGAAACUAUUGGGAUUUUACAUAAAAUGGAGUCUCGGAAGUGUCCAACUCUCCGUCAUAUCCUUAUAUUCUAUGCCAUUAUUGUCUGUGCUUUGAUCAUCUCUACCUUCUACAUGAGAUACAGGAUUAACACUCUGGAGGAGCGCCUGGGGUCCUUGACGUCCAUCAUGGAUCCCCACAGUACUGACCAGACAGCCCCCUCCAGCCUAGGAUCACAAGUACAGUUAAAUGUGGAGGUCCUCUGCCAAGAACUUACAGCUAACAUAGUGAAAUUAGAAAAGAUACAAAACAACUUACAGAAGCUGCUUGAGAAUGGGGACUGAGUGACCAGCUGCUGGGGCCAACAUAAUACCUCAAGUUCUCCCUUGAAGAAGGUGCUUCUCGAGAGUCUGUUGUGCGCCCCCUGCUGGCCAGAGGCGCAAGAUGCUGAGAAUCCAGAUGUGUUUGCGCUUGGAGGUCUCCAGCUCAGGAAGGGGGGGAGGGGAAUGAGUUUGCUUUCGUGCAAUAAAAGUUGACCUUGUCUCUGCUGCUGCCUGAAGAUAACAGACCCAUCUCGGGAGGUGAGCGAGGUCCUGGAGGACAACUGUAACACUUGGGUUAUGGUAACAUCAGUAAACACAGCACUCCACGCUUUUCAGCUCUUUCUCAGCCAUUGCUGCCUUCACCCACCCCAAUCAGCCUUCAGACCUAAGGGGAGGUACAUUGUAUACCAACAAACUCAAAAUGGUCAAAAUAGAGAAUUAGUCACGAGCCUCCAACAAGGUGGCGAAUCUCUCCCAUGAGCAGGCUUGCUUCUGACACCUUCACGUUUGUGGUUUUGUUUUUAUUUUCGUGUUCCCUUCUACUCUUAUGUUCUGGUUUCUUUCAUCUGUGCCUUUAAAUUUUCCAAUUCGGUUGGGUGAGCAUGUCCGGUAAAGUGAAUUAAAUGUCCCAUCUGUGUUGUGCUGUCUUGCGCCCCUGACUAGUACGUAAUUGGAGUGAUUCUCCCCAACCUCCCGUCAGGAAUCUUUGAGGUGUGACACUGAAAUACUAAAUCAGAUUCGCUCUGAAACCAAAACUAAUCUUUCAGCCCAAAGCUGUCCUAGUAAUUUAAUAUGGGAAGGAAAGCCCCGUUCCUGGGGUUGUAAGUACAGUGGGAGCUUUGAAGCAGGAUGUCUGUGUUGGACUCUAAAACCCAUUUCAGCAUGGUAAUUGGAUAUCUUUCUCCUACAAUAAAGCGUAAGUGGUGGUCUGCUAACUUUACUUACAGUAUGGGUCGGCUGGUUUUUAUUAAUAAUGAUUUAGGGUACCAUAAGAUCUGUAAGUAUAAAACAUUCUAUCUGCGAUGCAUUUUAUAAUCAUUUCUAUGAAAUGUAUUUUGUUUAAUCAGAGAAGCUAAUAAGCGGAUUGGUCGUGUCCUGUGUAUUGGUCUGCGUACUGGGUAACUGUGCCUGGUGCACCCCCGGCUUUUAAUAAAUACUCAUUGCCUAAGGCACCCUAGUUAA